AGUGUUAUGGAAAGUCAAUCACUAUAUUAUUUCUCUGUAUAUUUUGUAUUCUGUAUUCCUAUUUAGGAUUUCUUCCUAAUUAGUAGAACACAAUUAUAGGAAUCAAUUGUAUAUAUAUACCCAUGUAUAGAUUAAUUGAAAUCAAUGAGAAUCAUCUCUUUCUACAUGGUAUCAGAGCAGGUCAUCAAUCUAGGGUGACUAUUUGUUCUCACUACCCAGCUCAGGAGAGACCUUGGCCGCCGACCGGCCGUUUCAACCCCGAUCAACAUCUCCGGCGUCGUCUCAACCCCCUCAUUCCACCACUGUGUGCUGUUGCCUAAUCCAGUAUAACCAUUAAAGGACUUCUGAGGUUUGGUUCUCAGAUCCUAUUUUGGUAUUUGCUUGAUUUGUGAUUUUGGGUUAUUUUGCUGCUAUAAGCACUUUGGAUUAGCGUUUUGGUUAGUUUUCUUUGUCUCAACAAAUGGCAGACAAUAAGAAUGUUAUUUCUGAUGUGAUUCCAGUGAUGACUAAGAUCACGGAACACAAACUUAAUGGUUCGAAUUACCUGGAGUGGAGUAAGACUGUUAGGGUCUAUUUGCGUAGCAUUGAUAAGGAUUAUCACCUUACUAAAGAUCCACCCACUGAUGAUACACGACAAACUUGGCUAAGGGAGGAUGCUCGGUUGUUUUUGCAGCUUCGGAACUCGAUUUAUAGUGAGGUAAUUAGUUUAAUUAAUCACUGUGAAUUUGUUAAGGAAUUGAUGGAUUACUUAGAUUUUUUGUAUUCUGGUAAAGGGAAUAUCUCCCGUAUUUAUGAUAUUUUUAAGGCAUUCUACCGUGCUGAGAAAGAGUUUAAGUCUCUCACGGCUUAUUUUAUGGAUUUUAAACGGGUAUAUGAGGAACUUAAUGUAUUGUUGCCUUUUAGUCCUGAUGUGAAAGUUCAACAGGCCCAACGGGAGCAACUAGCUGUUAUGAGUUUUCUUGCAGGCCUUCCUUCAGAGUAUGAGACUGCUAAAUCUCAGAUCCUCUCCAGUUCUGAGAUUUCCUCUUUGCAUGAAACGUUCACACGGGUCUUUCGUACAGAGAAUACUCAAUCUUCACAGCCUGCCAGUAGUGCUCUUAUUAGCCGUAAUCCAAAUGGACAACAGGGUAAUAGAAGAGGAAGUAGAUGAG